UGGUUUCGGGAGCGCAGCAUCGUCUCUCACUCUCACGGGCGCAUUGCCUCGCCUUUUGUUUGACCAAAACUCGCGUAUUUUAAAACAUUUUCACCUCCUUUUUUUUCGCGGAUACACGUUUCAGGGAAAAAACCGUUUAUGGUCCUGGCUGAAGAUUUCACGAUGUCUCGCACCGACGAGGUUCACCGCUUGACGGAAAAUGUCUAUAAGACCAUCAUGGAGCAGUUCAACCCCUGCUUACGGAACUUUGUUGCCAUGGGGAAGAACUAUGAGAAGGCCCUUGCCAAUGUGACAUUUGCUGCCAAAGGCUACUUUGAUGCUCUGGUCAGAAUGGGUGAACUGGCCAGUGAGAGUCAAGGAUCCAAAGAUUUGGGGGAUGUGCUGUUCCAGAUGGCUGAGGUCCACAGACAGAUCCAAGUGCAGCUAGAGGAGAUGUUGAAAUCCUUCCACAACGAGCUGCUCUCUGAGCUGGAAAAGAAGGUGGAUCUGGAUGCUCGUUAUCUGACUGCUGCCCUGAAGAAAUACCAGAUGGAACACAAGAGCAAAGGGGAGAGUCUGGAGAAGUGCCAGGCUGAACUGAAGAAGCUGCGCAGGAAGAGCCAGGGCAGCAAGAACCCCUCCAAGUAUGGCGAGAAGGAGAUGCAGUUUGUAGAGACCAUCAGCAGUAAGCAGACUGAACUUGACACCUUCAUUGCUGAGGGAUACAAGACAGCCUUGUCCGAGGAGCGCCGCAGGUACUGCUUCCUGGUGGACCGCCAGUGUGCUGUGGCCAAGAACAGCAGCGCCUACCAUGGCAAGGGUAAAGACCUUCUGACCCAGAAGAUCCCAGUGUGGCAACAGGCUUGCUCAGACCCCAACAAGCUGCCAGAGAGGGCCAUGCUCUUGGCCCAGCAGAUGGGCUCUGCCGCCCUCGGGGGCACAAGCCCCCUGCAUACCUCCAAAUCCAACCUGGUCAUCUCAGACCCUAUCCCCGGGGCCCAGCCUCUUCCUGUGCCCCCAGAGCUGGCUGUCUUCAUGGGCAGUGGCCUGGGACACCCAGCGAGACUGAUGGGCCCUGAUGGCAUGUCCAUGGUCAAUGGGACAACAGGAGUCCACGGGGAGGAAUAUUGGACAGAUGGAGGGACUAUGUCUGUGUCUCAAGUCAGGCCUUCAUCCCCUCAGACCCAAGCACAGGGCCAGUCCCAGGCUCAGCCGCAGAGACAGGUCAGCGAUGUCUACUCCAACACCCUUCCUGUCCGCAGGCCUGCUCCCGCCAAGAAUAAGAACCCCGUGGGAGAGACACGGACCCUGCCCAGGUCCAGUUCCAUGGCAGCAGGCCUGGAAAAGAACGGGCGCGCCCGGGUCCAGGCCAUCUUCUCCCAUGCUGCGGGCGACAACGGCACCCUGCUCAGCUUCUCCGAGGGAGAUGUCAUCACCCUGCUAGUGCCUGAAGCCCGCGAUGGCUGGCACUAUGGGGAGAAUGAGAAGAACAAGAUGCGUGGCUGGUUUCCAUUCUCCUACACGCGUGUGCUGCCUGAGAGCGACAGUGAGAAGCUCAAAGUGAACCUGCAUCAUGGGAAAAGUAGCAGCACAGGGAACUUGUUGGAAAAUGAUGGAUCACUGCCCACACCUGACUACGGCCUAACCGCCCGGCUGCUGGCACAGAGCCUAGCACAGACCCGCCCACGCCCCUACAGCAUGGCAGGCUUUGGCACACAGCCUGCUAUUGAGGAUUAUGACGGCCGUUUUGCCACAAGUUUGGGUCCAGAAUUGUCCCGGUUCUGAGGGAACAGGACCUCCUGACCGUUCCUUGGAGGUCUACCUCCGGCCCACCUUCAUUGAUGACCGAUCUGCGCCCAUCUUCUACUAACAGCCUGCUGUCCUCUUUUGUCCACUAAUGGGCCCUUUUUUAAGGGGAGAAACAUUGGCAUGUUUGUAUAAUGUCUUGAUAAGAGGGCCCAGCAGUGUGACUGGAGGGGGAAAAAAAUCACCUCAAGGAACAAGUUACACUACACUAAGAAUCUAGUUUCUUUACCGUGUAAAUUCACUUGGAGACUUUCCGGUUAAUCCUCGUGAAGUUUUGCGAAAGGCUUUCACAAACAUUGAAUGUCUCAGCCUGAGCAUUCAAGUGCAAGUGUGACAAUAGAUUUUAUUAGUUAGUUAGAUCCCACCAGUUGUGGAUAAGGUAUGGCUAAUAGGUUUUACUUGUGAUGCCGUCACAUUCUUAUUUAUCUGCACUUCUACUAUGGGAUUUCUUUUUUUCUUCAACACUAUACACUGUAAAUUUCAUUUGAGGAUUAUUUACAUUAAUGAGCAGUGAAGGCACACUCCGCAUUAGCUGUUUAAGUGAGGCUUGAGGGUGAAUAGAAGAUGGUUGAUUAGUUUUUAGCGCAUCACUGUAAUAUGCACUGAAGACAAAGUGUAGAUUGGAUACUGGCACAGAUAGCUAGAACUGGACAGUUGGUGAGUAAACUAUAAUUCUGCUUUUGUUAAGUGAUAUAGUCUAUAUAUUUACUAGUUGUAAUACAGUAUACCCAUAUUUUCAAUGUGGGAACUGUGCCUUCUACUUUUUAUUAAAACAUAUGCUUCAUGCAGCAUUGACCCAAUCAUCCUGUAAGGUGGUUUGAGGGCAUAUGCAUCACAGUUUAACAUGUAUUUUUGAUAUUCCUGAAAAUAGUUUUGUUUUGCUUGUGUUUUUUUGUUUGUUUUUUUUUUGCUUAGCAAGCUCCAGUACAGUGCAAACUCCACCAAAAUAUUACAAUAAUUCUUUGAAUUGCUGUUCUUUCUUUCUCUUCAAGUUUCAGUAAUAUCUAAGCUUCCAGAUAGCUAAGAGAUGAAAUAAAGUACAUGCUUUUUAUUUUUCGCUUUGAGGGAGUGGUAGCUUAUCAGAUAAGGUACAGUAUUAUCAUGGCUUGUGAUCAUUCAUUCUCAGUAUUAUACACUCAUCUGGGAGAAAAGGAAAAAAAACAGGAAUUUAUCUACAGUAUAAGGUGUGGGAAUAAUAGUCAAAACUGUAUGUGAUGGAAAAGCAAUAAUGUGUAUGAUUGUGUGAAUGAGCUAAAAAGGCCUCUUACACUGCAAUAAAUCAACAGUUGCUUCAUGAAAAGUAAUUUUUCCAUGGAUGAGUCCUUUACACUGAGUGAUAUGAUCAGGCUUUUAUUACGCAGCAAGUUUCAAAUGCAUUUUUUACUUUUAUAUAGCUUUCAUUGUCCAUUUCUCACUUUUGUCCCUGUUUGUAAUAUAUCUGUACUGUACAGAAAGUGCAUAUAAAUUAUCUGUCCAAAAUAAAUCUAAAUGGGCAUAAACUUCA